AUGCUAAGCGAACUAUCCUCUGUAGGAUGUAAUGCAGACAUUCCAAAUAGUGCUGGCGCUGACGUUCAUGUGCAGCCACAUGUGGAAAAAGAAUGGUCAGAUGGGCUUGAUGACAAUGAAGUCAUAAACGGGGAUAACAUUGAGCCACCAAAGAGGGGUCUCCUAGGUUACCUUGUCAUCUAUUUACUGUGUUAUCCUGUAUCCUUUGGGGGUUUCCUACCUGGUUGGGAUAGUGGUAUUACAGCAGGUUUCAUUAACAUGGACAACUUUAAAAUGAAUUUCGGAUCUUACAAGCAUAGUACUGGAGAAUACUAUUUGAGUAACGUGCGUAUGGGCCUUCUCGUGGCAAUGUUCAGCGUAGGAUGUUCCAUAGGCGGUGUUGCUUUUGCCAGACUGGCCGAUACUUUAGGUAGAAGGCUGGCAAUUGUAGUAGUGGUUGUAGUAUAUAUGAUAGGAGCGAUCAUUCAAAUCAGUUCAAACCAUAAAUGGUACCAAUAUUUUGUCGGUAAGAUCAUUUACGGUCUUGGUGCCGGUGGUUGUUCGGUGUUGUGUCCGAUGCUUUUAUCUGAAAUAGCUCCUAAAGAUUUGAGGGGCGGGCUCGUAUCGUUAUUUCAAUUGAAUGUGACCUUUGGGAUAUUUUUAGGUUAUUGUUCUGUUUACGGAACAAGGAAAUAUUAUAAUACUGCGCAAUGGAGGAUCCCUGUGGGACUCUGCUUCUUAUGGGCCCUGAUUAUCAUCAUUGGUAUGCUACUAGUUCCAGAAUCCCCAAGAUAUUUGAUUGAACGAGAAAAACAUGAGGAGGCACGUAUUUCCAUUGCAAAGAUCAACAUGGUUUUACCAGAGGAUCCAUGGGUGCUUAAACAGGUCGAGGAAAUUAACGCCGGUGUGCUUGCGCAAAGAGAAUUAGGGGAAGCUUCAUGGAAGGAACUUUUCUCAGUCAAAACAAAAGUCCUUCAACGUUUGAUUACAGGUAUUCUUGUUCAGACCUUUUUACAACUUACCGGUGAAAACUACUUCUUCUUCUAUGGGACUACCAUUUUCAAGUCAGUUGGCCUUACGGAUGGGUUUGAGACCUCCAUCGUUCUGGGUACAGUGAACUUCUUCUCCACUAUUAUCGCUGUUAUGGUUGUAGAUAAGAUUGGUCGUCGUAAAUGCCUGUUAUUCGGGGCAGCUGCCAUGAUGGCGUGUAUGGUCGUAUUCGCGAGUAUCGGGGUGAAAUGUCUUUACCCUCAUGGCCAGGAUGGUCCCUCUUCAAAAGGUGCAGGUAAUGCCAUGAUUGUGUUCACCUGCUUCUAUAUAUUCUGUUUUGCAACGACAUGGGCACCUGUUGCUUAUAUCGUGGUCGCGGAGUCGUUCCCUUCAAAGGUCAAAUCUAAAGCAAUGUCGAUUUCGACGGCAUUCAACUGGUUGUGGCAAUUUUUGAUUGGCUUCUUCACACCAUUCAUCACUGGAUCUAUCCACUUCUACUACGGUUAUGUGUUUGUGGGUUGUUUGGUUGCUAUGUUUUUGUACGUCUUCUUCUUUUUACCGGAAACAAUUGGUUUGUCUUUGGAGGAAAUACAAUUACUGUACGAAGAAGGUGUGAAACCAUGGGAAUCUGCAUCUUGGGUGCCACCUUCAAGGAGAGGUUUGUUUUCGAGAGAAACUAAGGCUCAAAAGAAGGACUGGAAGGAAAUCUUGAAAUUUUCAAAAAAUUCUAAUUGA